CCGGCCGCCGCGCGCUGUCCGCACACGCCACCACCGCCGCCGCCAUGGGCUCUUGAGGCCACUCGUUGUCUACUGCAAGGGUUUGUCGCAGGGACCCCUGGCUGCCAGGCAUCAUGACGGUGAGGGGGGCCGCGCUGGCCCCAGAUCCAGCGUCGCCCACGACCGUGGCAGCGCCGCCCAGCGUGUCUGUGAUCCCCGAGGGCAGCCCCACGGCCAUGGAGCAGCCCGUGUUCCUGAUGACAACGGCCGCGCAGGCCAUCUCCGGGUUCUUCGUUUGGACGGCCCUGCUCAUCACCUGCCACCAGAUCUACAUGCACCUGCGCUGCUACAGCUGCCCCAACGAGCAGCGCUACAUCGUCCGCAUCCUCUUCAUCGUGCCCAUCUAUGCCUUCGACUCCUGGCUCAGCCUUCUCUUCUUCACCAACGACCAGUACUACGUCUACUUCGGCACUGUGCGGGACUGCUAUGAGGCCCUGGUCAUCUAUAAUUUCCUGAGCCUGUGCUACGAAUACCUUGGGGGAGAAAGUUCCAUCAUGUCGGAGAUCAGAGGGAAGCCCAUCGAGUCCAGCUGUAUGUACGGCACGUGCUGCCUCUGGGGAAAGACUUACUCCAUUGGAUUCCUCCGGUUCUGCAAGCAGGCCACCCUGCAGUUCUGCGUGGUGAAGCCACUCAUGGCUGUCAGCACCGUGGUCCUCCAGGCCUUUGGCAAGUACCGGGAUGGCGACUUUGAUGUCACCAGCGGCUACCUCUACGUGACCAUCAUCUACAACAUCUCUGUCAGCCUGGCCCUCUACGCCCUCUUCCUCUUCUACUUUGCCACCCGGGACCUGCUUAGCCCCUACAGCCCCGUCCUCAAGUUCUUCAUGGUCAAGUCCGUCAUUUUUCUCUCCUUCUGGCAAGGCAUGCUUCUGGCCAUCCUGGAGAAGUGUGGGGCCAUUCCCAAGAUCCACUCGGCCCGCGUGUCCGUGGGCGAGGGCACCGUGGCCGCCGGCUACCAGGACUUCAUCAUCUGCGUGGAGAUGUUCUUCGCAGCCCUGGCCCUGCGGCACGCCUUCACCUACAGGGUCUACGCUGACAAGAGGCUGGAUGCGCAAGGCCGUUGUGCCCCCAUGAAGAGCAUCUCCAGCAGCCUCAAGGAGACCAUGAACCCACACGACAUCGUGCAGGACGCCAUCCAUAACUUCUCGCCCGCCUACCAGCAGUACACGCAGCAGUCCACCCUGGAGCCCGGGCCUGCGUGGCGCGGUGGCGCCCACAGCCUCUCGCGCUCCCACAGCCUCAGUGGCGCCCGCGACAACGAGAAGACUCUGCUGCUUAGCUCCGAUGAUGAGUUCUAGGUGCGGCUGCUGGUGGGGAGGACUGGCCCCACGGCCCAGGGCAGGGCAUGCCCCCCUCCGGUCCCACGCGCGGGCGGGGAGGCAGGCUGGCACAGCUUUGGCAUUGCCCAUUAAUUUAUUGGACCGGAAACACUCACCUGUCGCUCCCAGAGGAAUAGCCGGAAGCUGUGGGCCCAGGGGACAACCCGGGCUCACCACGGGGGCCUUCCGGACUGUUCACGCGUGGCCAGCCCUGCUGCCGGGCGAGGGACGGAGGAUGCUGGGGGCGACUCCUGUGCCCCUAUGGCUUGUCCUGCCACAGCGGCCUGGUGGGACCAGCUGUGGCCGUGGUGGACCCGCGGCCAUGGCCCUCUCAGCCCCGACGUGGGUCCCUCUUUUCCCCCUGAGACUGACAGCCCCACCCCCAGCACCGUGCAAUACUCUGACCUGGGCUCUUUCCUGCCUGCUCCCUCCCUUGUGUCUCCUGUCCGUGCUAGAUUAGCCUCAGCCUCGGCCAGAGGGGUGGGAGGGAACCCAGAUGCUCCCCGCGCCCCCUCCUGACCCAGGCUUGCCUGGCAUGCUGCAAGGACCAGAGGGACACCAAGAGCCACGUGUCCCAUGUUGGAAGGGAGCUCGGGUGCAUCUGGGCCCCUCUUCUGUUGACAAGGCCCUCUCGUAGCAGGGGUCUCUGGGCCCCUAGUUGUCUUCUCCGUGGCUGCCCUCCCUGCCUGCCUCGCCCCUUCCUCCUGACCUGCUGAGGGCAGCCAGCGGCCCGCACUGCCCUGUCCCUCAGGGUCUUUCUUCUCGAGAGCACUUUGGGCAGAGCCCUUGUUGCUUCCUGGCUGCUGAAGGGGUUGGAGGCUCCCAGCCCCUUUCCCAGGCUAAGCAGUGAGAACCUCCGCAGGGUCCUGGUCUUGCCCUAGGGCUGCUCCUUCCCGUUUCAGGGGAAGGGUCUGAGUCUCCACAUUUCAGACCAGCUUUUGGAGGAGCAGCCCUACGGGAGGGAGGCGAAAGGAGGGGGCGUGCAGCCGGGAGCUGAGAAGUGGGAGGAGUGACCCCAGACUCCUUUCCCUUGGCGCCGUAUCCACACACGGCCUGGAGUCCUGCCUCGGCUGGCCCCUCGGCCCAUCUCUUCUGUGCCUUAGUCACAUACGAAAGCUCCCCUGUCCCGGGCCCUCGGUCUGUCUGGCCGCAGACACUCCCUGGGGGCUCCCUCUCAAGCUGCUGGCACUCAGGGGACCCUGCUGCGCUGGGCCAAGCACCCUGGACAGGCCUUAGGGGAUGGCCAGGAUGGCGAGUCCCCUCCCCUCGCUCACCUCCACACCUAAAUUCCCGGAGCCUCCGUGGCCAGAGUCCCCAGGCAGGCUGGGCUUAGACUGGCCACUGUCUUAGGAGGAGCCUCCUGACAGUCACAGUGUGUGUUCUGUCUUUCGGAACCCAGAGGGCACUUGGGUUUGGGCCCGGACAGCCUGGGGAAGGUCAUAGGGUGAGGAGGGCCCCACCCUGUGGCACCAGAACUUCUCUUCCUUUCCGUUCAUUCCUGGAAUGAAUGUGCCAAGGGUCCAGUGGGGGAUUACACCCCUGUUGUCUUCCCAGGCUGCCCUUGGCCCUUGUGACCAAGCUGGCUCCCCACCCCCCGCCUCGGGGUCACAGAGGCCUGGGGGGGGCGGGCUGGAGGCUGGCUCUUGGGGCCGAUCUGGUGGGUCUGGCCAGCUGGUACCAAGCUGCCCAGGAAGGUGGCAGGUGGGAGCAGGCUGUCUGGGGAGAUCCUCGGUCCCCACUCCCCACUUUGCUUUCAUAGAUUUGUGUGAUUCUCCUUCCAGGCCAAAGUGUGCUGCCGACUCCCUGCCCCCUUGUCUUGGCUGCCCUGGCACUUGCUGGCUAGCAUGGUUCGUGGGGGGACACAGAGGAGGGGCUCUGGGACAGGGAGCUAGUGGCCCCCGGGGAGUUGAGGGGCCGGGAACGGGUGCCCACCCACUCCACCCUUCCUUCCUAGGAUGCAUAACCUUUUUUUUUUUUUAAUCCCUUCCCCCGAUAGAGUAGCUCUUUGUACAUAAAAAAUACUUGAAAACUGAACUGUAUGAUGUAUGAGAGGACAGAGUCCCCUAGUUUUGUAUCUCGUGUAUGACUGCCAUGAGUUCCACCAGAAAGCCGCUCUAUUUUGGUCUCUGUGACAUUUUAAAUGCGUGACAGAAGUGAGCAAAUAAAGUAAGAAAUAUAUAUAUGAGAUAAUAUAGAUUGUAUUGAAAUCUC